CAUCUUUACUCCAAUAGAGAUCAAUUUUUGGUAAUCGCACCAAUCCCAUCCACAUGAUGAGUCCAAAGAAACGUUUUAUUUCGUUAGAAUUUGUUUCAUACCAUUGAUCUAAACGAUAAGAUUGCUGUUCGCAUUUUCUUUGCGAUGCAUAGAUGUUCGUUUGAUUUGCGAUAGUUUCGAAUAUUUCAUCCGUGACAGAAAGAAAAUAAAAACUAUGUGGUUCUGUACAAUCAAAAUUCUCCGUUUGGCACAUGUUAAUUCUGGUCGAAUUCGAAAAUGUGAUUCUGACUUGAUUACCCACAAGAACACACCAAUUCGUAUCAAACUCCUCUUGUAUGCCAUCUUCAUUGUUAUUGUCUUCUUCACUUUCAGAGCCACUGAGUCAAUUCGGCGCCGGCGUAGUGCGGAAACUCUUAUCAUAUCUGAUGAACUACUUGAUCAACUUUCCACGCUACCUGAUAGUAAUCAAUUUCGUUUGUACGAUCUUCGUAAAACUGCAUUGUCGGAUGAUGAGCUUGACUCAUAAUCUUCAGUUAAACCCAUAUUUAUAAGGGCUAAUUGAAAAAUUUGAUGAAUGUAAAAACUUAUAUAAAGUGACAGAGUAUAACAAAUGUAUGUAAAGAUAACAUCUUCACCAAGCGUAGUGAUAUCGAUAAGUUAGAUCUCUAAUCUACCGUGAGAGAAAUAAGAUAACACGUGCAAAUAAUCAGUAUGAUCUAUUACGCCAUGCAACAGAUUGAACUGAAAAGUGUAAAAAUAAUCUAGUAACAUCUCCGUGAAUAAUAACAUUGAAUGUUGUUUCUUUGUUAUUUACAGGAAUUUCAACAACGCUCUCGAGGAAUAUCCGGGGUAGUUGGAGUGAUAGACGGGAGUCACAUCCCUAUCAAACAACCAGCCUACAACGAAGUUGACUAUUAUAAUCGAAAGGGAUUCCACAGUGUAGUACUGCAAGCCGUUUGUAACGAUAGACAAAUAUUUACAGACAUUUUUAUUGGUUCACGAGGCAGAGUACACGACGCGCGAAUAUAUCGCAAUAGUCCACUGUGCGAAAAUGUAACAGAGCGAAAGCUCAUUCCACCUGGACAACACUUGAUUGGGGACUCGGCUUACAAACUCCACGAAAAUCUAUUGACUCCCUUUAGAGAUAAUGGGCAUCUAACUGAAGAACAAAUCCGGUACAAUACCCGAUUUUCUUCAAUCAGAUCGAUUAUAGAGAGAAGCUUCGCUCUGUUGAAAGGAAAAUUUCGCAGACUGAAAUACAUAGAUAUUGCUGAUAUGGAUUUACUAAAUCACAUCAUCGCAGCAGCAUGCGUAUUGCAUAAUUUCAUUUUGAUGCAUGAACCUCAUGUUCAAGAGUUCGAUAUCGAGGAUAUGAAUAACGCAGAUUUUGCGGAUAACGAAAAUAAUAAUAUUAAUAACAAUGUAAAGAAUUUGGGAAACCAUAAAAGAAGCAGAAUUAUGGAAAUGCUCGUGCAAAAAUUCCGUGCACAUGCUAAAUAAAAUGAUUCUGUGAAUUAUUACAGUGAAUCAGAAAAUUAAUAAAGUGAGUUGUCUUACCUAAAUCAGCUUGGUCACCCGAUGUUUUUGACAGCUGGAAUUCUAAGCAAUUGCCAUUGGUGGCAACAUAUUCUUCUGCGAAUCCCGGCUCUACAAUUGGAAAUAAACUUAUUCUUUACUUUACAUGCAAGUUUAACUUUACACUAAUUUUUACGCGCAGUGUAAUUAUUAUUGAAGAGAAUGAUGAAUGAUUAAUUUUGUAAACCUGUUCGGAUUCUCUGAUGAAUAUC